AUGGAUGUCAAAGAUAUCCUCGGAGUGUCGCGCUCCGCCAGUGCCGUGGCGGAGCGGGUGGAGAAGGUCAAGGAAAAGAAGCUUGUCAAGCCCAAGGGGAUGAGCAGGGAGGCGUUUGCACUGCUCAGCGCCUCCCACCCGCUGCACCCCUCCCACCUGGCGGGCGACCUGCGCAAAGAGGCAGCUUUAAAAGCGACAAGGGAGAAGACCAAGAGGUCGAGUCGAGGGCGGGCCGUCUUCCAGUGGCGGCCGUUCGCCAACCCUGGCCGGGCAGACGGUCUCCAGCUCAAGCACUGGGUGAAGUGCUUUCAGGAUGCUGCAGGCAAAGUCGCCCCUGCGGACCCUGGUGAAUACAGCUUCGCCAAGUACAACAAAAAGGUGGUAGUGCUGCGGUACGACGAUGAGGAGUGGACCUCCCUGAUCACGAAGCAGGAGGGUUGGAGCCGGGAGGAGACAGACCACCUGCUGGACGUCGUCCAGGCGCUGGAUCUUCGCUGGCUGGUCAUAGCCGACCGCUAUGAGUUUGAGGGCGGCGCGCGACGAUCCAUGGAGGACCUGAAGGAGCGGUACUACGCGGUCCAGCGGGAUUUGCUGGUCGGGAGGGCGGGCGGUCCCGAGCCCGUGGCCCACGAGCCCCUGGUGCGGCACCCUUAUAAUCGCCAGCACGAACAGGAAAGGAAGAAGGGGCUUGAGCUCCUUCUGGACCGCACGAAGGAGCAGGAGGAGGCCGAGUCCCGGGUGCUUGCGGAGGCCGCCGCUAUAGAAAGCGCGCGCAAGGAGGAGGAGGCGGCCCGGAGGGCCUCUGCAGAGCAUGGCGGCAGCCCUGGGCCCGGCGGCUUGGGCGUGCCGCCGGUCUUCGAUGAAUCCGGCAAGCCCGCCGUGCCCCCCAAGCGCGCCAUCGUGCGCGGCGCCUUCUGCCGAGAGCUGGCAGAGGGCGUCGCCGCCCGCCUGCAGCCCGCCAAGGUGCAGAAGGCGCUGGAGGGGAGCAUGGCGGAGCUCAAGGUCACGGAGUUCCCGCGGGCGCCCACGCGGGCGGCCUGCGGGGCCUACAUCUCGCUGCAGGCGGAGGUGCUGGCGCUGCUGGAGCUGAAGCGCCAGCUGGCGACCAACCAGGCGCUGGCGGCUGGGAACAAACGCCCUGCGGCCAGGAUGGAGGGCGGGGAUGACGGCACGCCACGCUCCGACAAGCGCCAGCGAGUCGCCCGGAAGUUUGCCGACGACUGA